AUGGAGCCGAGGAAACGGAGCCUUGAAGACGAUGCGGAUGAAGAGCCCGCCAGAGACAGAGAUGCUUCAGACUCAGACGCUGAUGACGAUGUCCAGACUCAAAAUCGCCUUUUACUUGCAGCGGUAGUCGAAGGGGAUCCAAAGGAUGUUCAACGGCUGCUGGAUGAGGGCGCCAAUCUAAGUGUCAAAAAUCGUGAUGGACUUACACCAUUACACCUGGCUGUGCAACAACAAGAUACCUUUAUGGUAAAUCGGCUACUUGAAAGGGGUGCAAACACAGAGGCAACGAGUAAUGACGGGAGCAAGCCCUUGUUCAUCGCUGCAGCUUUUAGCACCGCUUCGGCAGUGCUUAUCGUGGAGGAUUUGUUGAAAUUCAAUUCAGAUGUGGAAUCAUUCAACCAAGAAACCCGGACUACGGCUUUCUAUCAAGCCGUAGAUGCCGACAACUGGAGAGUCGCAAAGAUUUUGCUGGAGCGUGGCGCCGAUGUGGAUGCAAAGAACUCAGAUGGACAGACAGCCUUGUACAGCGCAGUUCAAAGGGGUAACAUAAGGCUCACGAAGUUACUGUUGAAGCAUGGAGCCGACAGUAAAAUCAAACUCGAAGAUGGCAGCACGCUGAAGGAUUUUGCGUCCGACAAGCCGCAGAUACUUUCCUUGUUGGAUACGGAUUACGUUCUUCAAGGCCCUUCUAUGAAUACUCCCCAAGCUCCUUCUCAAAGACGCUUUACGCAUGUUCCAGCAUUGCCGCCCGACCAGCACGAUAAACUUCAGGCGUGCUUUGGUUUUAAAGCAACAAUCGUGGAUUUUUACUUAGGAGACCGCGAACGAAGGAUCCAAAAAUCACCUUCCAUGUACGAGGUCCUCUAUGGUGAUGGUCCAGAAGCAAUUAUGACAAAGGCAAGAGGGAACAAAAUGAAAGGCGAGAACCCAAAGUUCAGAUGGUACCACCUCCCGGCAAAUAAUAUUGAGUGGGUUGAGGCAUUAGUGACACGAAUAUUCGCCGAAAAUGGAUCUGGCAAAGUGCUUGAUGAGGAGCUAAAAUCGAAUCUUGGGCUUAACAGUGCGUCUGGUCGACAAUAUCGAACUUCAACUGCUCAUUCUUCUUUCAUGCGGCAUUUAUGUAAACCUAUCAUGUCAGAACCAAAAGCCUCUAUCGAGGAUAGAAAAGCAGAUCACAUCGUAUUAUUUGCUCCAUAUUUACACUUCGAGACUUUUGGCGCAUACCAAAACAUGUCUCGGACAGUACAAGCUGUGAAAUAUCCUGCUCCGCCACGACCAAGAUCCCGUCAUAAUCGACCAUUAAAAAGCAGCAGAAGAGUAAACCGAGCACCGCCCCACCGAGCACCACCGCCUACAGAACCUAUCGCUGUCAUCAAUGAGAGUGAAUCUGAGCCAUCUUCAGUAUCCGAAGAAGAAGUAAAGAAAGAGCAUAGGCUGAAGGAUAUUUUAAGAGGCUCGACGUUAGCUUUUCGGGGCUUGAAGCAGAAGGUUAAAGAAAAGUCAGAUCAUCUUGUCAAAUCGAUAAGUGGGGCGACAACUGGCGUUGAGGUAGACCUAGAACGUGGGGUACUGCAACAGACUCGCGAUCCUGAACAGGUUGGUGACGAGGUAGAAGUAAAAGACAGUCCUGUCGAUGAUGUCCGCCUAGCAAGGAAUGUUGAACAGCCUACUGAAAUCAAAGAAGUAACAGAAAAUGAGGUGGACCCGAAGGAAACGCAAAAACCGGUAGACUCGCCCUCAGAAAAGCUUGAAUCUGUGGAGCAAGUUCAGGAAUUUCCGCGGCCGCAGACACGAACACUUAAUGUCGACGGCGUAAAAAGUCCUCCGAGUGACUCAAUCGAAGCUAAGCAGGAUAAUCAACAGUCAGAGAUUUCUGGAAGCCACCCACAAGUAGUUGAAAAUGCACAAGGUGCCAUACCCGAUCCGCCAAUAGCUUCAGUUAUACAGAUCCAAUCCCAACAAACUUCAGAAUCAACUGGGUUGACUUUGCCACCUAUAAGAUCACCUCAUAUAUCAUUUCAAGAUGUUCUAGAAGUUCCCCUGCCGGAUUCAGCCUCUUCCAGCCAGCAUUCUGCGGACAAAAUUACGAAUGAGGCGGAUCCAGGGACGUUGAAUACUGAUGGUCAGUUAAACGACGAUCUCGCCAGUGAUAAUGAGGCUCAGGCCAAGCUUAAACCAAACGAUAUCCUUCGUCCUCCUCCCAAACGGCAGGCGGUCGAUGACUUCUUUGCUGUUGGCCAGGAGACAGAUAAUUCAUCUAGGCGGAGUGCUAGAGCUCGAAAUAUCAAAGCUUUUGAUCGUGGGAACCCCAAUGAACAUCUCAUUAAGGGAUAUUUGCAAUCCAGUAGACCGGGAGAUGCUCCACCACUUCAGCUGCGGCGCACCCUUGAUCAGUACUUUUAUACUCAUCUUGAAAGUACGUCUAAUCGCGACAGUGAUCAAGUCGUGUAUAGGUAUACAAAUGAUGAACGUAAACAGAUGGAGCCAAAGAUAUUUAUGGUCGACCAGUUGUGGAUUUGGAUACUUAAUGGAGAUACGGUUAUAAGUUGUUGUCCAGAACGAUGGGAGCCUUUGGAGACCACGAAUCCAACACAAGGAGCUGUACAGUACUCCACACCUUCACAUCAGCAGCCGCCUGAAGCUGACUAUGGCUUCUUUCGGCACUCCAAACACGCAGGACAACGCAAUCGGCGCAGGGAGUCAACGCAAAAGGCUCCACAGAAGCAUCCGCCUGGCCCCGAAUAUCAAUCGGACUUGCUUUCCGGAAAUCAAGGUGAAGUUGAUCGACAUGGGCUACCACAAGAGCCCCCUCCACAACCUCCAGGCGAGGAACCGAGUAUUCCCCUAGGAGAAGUGGAUGCCUUGAUACCAAGAGCAUCCGAUUCACGAAAUCGCCAAGGAUCCAUUCUGCCAACGGACGGCCCUACUCCCCGUGCAAACCCAGAUCGGGAUGGGAACCCAGGCAAUGCUCAGAAAUCGAGAACUUCCAAAAAGAAGCUGCAGUCGCCACCAAAUCCAGUGAUAGGCUGGUUAGCCAGUGUUUCACACGCAUCCAGACCAUCAGGGAAGAAAAUUCCUCAAGACACGGAAAGGACGCAGAGGAGAGCUGAUCGUGAAGCCAGUCGUGCUUUUUCGCAAAGUCCAACUUCGUCCUCAGAAGAGAGCAGACUGAGAUUCCAAGCUGAUCCUUUAAACGUGCAUCAAAUGGUGAUGAAACAUUUGCAAGGUUCUGCUCGAGCUCCCAUUAAAAGUGUCUACGAACUUGCCAGUCUGAUCUCUGACUCCUGUGCAAACGUUUUUGACCAGUACAGAGUCGAUAAAGACUAUCAAUUUUUUGACUUCUUCGAACACUCUAUUGGAGCAGUGAUUGAUGCAGAGGCACGGUGCUUUAAGGCGUUCACCGAAGCCCCUAUCGAAAUCCAACGACCGCGCAAGUGGGCCACUUUCAAUGAUGACCCCGAUGUUAGCGACUUUGGUAGAGAUAACCACAUUGAGGAUAUUCAUGUUGAUGCUAUCUUUGAGAUUACGACCGAAACCAAACUCCUUGUCGAAAUUAAGGAUAUUCGAGAUGAGCUCGGCAUCCUACAACUUGUCAUCAGUGAUCAAUUAGAGGUGAUGAAAGGCUUCUCUCAUCUCUCCGUGACGAAUAGUGGGUUCGAACAGACUCAUUCUCCAUCUGAUCUAUAUUCAAUGCAACCAAAUAAAGUUCUUGAAAGUCACUUGCACCGAAUUAACAAAAUGGAGAAACUUGUGGAGAAGACUUAUCAAGAUCUCAACCAUCUUCUGGAUUUAAAACAAAAACAAGCCAAUGUUUCUGAAGCGCUUUACGCUCGUCAGCAAGCGGUAGAAAGUACAAAACAAGCGAAGCGAAGUUUGGAUAUUGCCAAUCAAGGUAUUAAGCUGCAGCGACUUGCUCAAGAGCAAGCCGUCGAAACCGCUAGGCAGGGAAAGACUGUUCAGUUGUUCACAAUCGUGACAAUCAUCUUCCUUCCUCUGUCAUUCAUGGCCGCAUUUUUUACCAUAAACAUUGACAUAUUUCCCCUCGAUGAGAAUGGCAAGCUAUCUUUGGGAUAUGUGCUAAAGUAUAUGCUAUCCGUCGCGGGCGCAGCAUCAAUACCCUUCAUCUUUCUGGCCCUUAAUCAAGAUCGAGUCACCCGCUGGCUGAAACAGAGUCGAAAAUGGGCUGUCAUUGGGUUUAUCGCUCUUUGCGCGGUAGCUAUUUUGUUAGCAAUCAUUUGGACAUCUGGACUUGGCAAUGGAAUAAAGGCAGCGAUCACAGCGUGCAUCAUUGCGCUCCUCCUUAUCGGGCUUUGCGCUCAUUAUAUCUAUAUACUAACAAGCGUAGCACGAUAUGGUAGUACUUCAAGUGAUGUUAGUAGUAGUUUACAUUCUCUAAUAGAUGACUAA